CGUACAGUUUAAAACAAGGGACAUCACUCUAUCAACAUUUUAUUUCCACAGAUUUCACCAGAUUCGAAGAAAUGCCUCCCGAUAUAGAGAAAAGGGACCAAGAGCUCCAUGAACGAAUCGAGUCCUUUAUUGGAGAUCUGAAACAAGGUACAGUGCAAGGCUCCUUUAACGUAGCAUUCAAAACAGUGUCAUUACUGGUGAGGAUCAUAUCACAGACAAAAUGGUCAAACGCAAAAGAGCUGAUGGAGAUAGUACGGGCAGAGGGGAGAAAACUGAUGGCAUCCCAGCCCGCGGAGUCAGCAAUAGGGAACAUGGUGCGCAGGGUGUUGAAGAUCAUCAGGGAAGAAUACGCAAGUUGUCUCAAAGGGAAGUCUGAAGAAGGUGACCCACAAGAAUCUCUCCAUAAAUUAUUAACGGCAGAGGGUAACAUAGAUGAUUUCACCCGAAGUGUGAGGGACCUGAAAGCUACUGUGAUAGAAGCGAUGACAGAAUUGAAAACAGAGUUGGAGACAAGUGGCGACAAUAUUGCCACCCAGUCAUUGGAACACAUCCACUCAAAUGAGGUGAUUAUGACUGCUGGAAAGUCUAAAACUGUGGAAUCCUUCCUAAAGAAUGCUGCCAGAAAACGCAAAUUUCAAGUGAUAGUUGUGGAGUGUGCCCCUUUCUAUCAUGGUCAGGCGUUGGCAGUAAGCCUUGCACAGGCCGGUGUGGAGACGACAGUCAUCAACGACUCCGCAGUGUUCGCCAUCAUGUCAAGGGUCAAUAAGGUCAUCAUUGGUACACACACUGUCAUGGCUAAUGGAGGACUGAAAGCCAUCAGUGGUAGCCAUGCAAUAGCCCUUGCUGCUAAACAUUACUCUGUCCCAAUGGUUGUAUGUGCUGCAGCGUUUAAACUUUCACCAGAGUUUCUGUGCUGUAAUGAUCAGGAGGCAUUUAACAAGUUUGAAAGCCCAGAGGAUGUGAUGAGAUUCUCAGAGGGUAAAAUCCUCUCCAAGGUCCAGAUUCAUAACCCGGUCUUCGACUAUGUCCCUCCUGAACUCGUCACCCUCUAUAUAUUCAACAUUGGUGGAACAGCCCCUUCCUAUGUGUACAGACUGCUCAGUGAGUUUUACCAUCCUGACGACCAUGUCUUAUAGCACAAGGCAGAUUGAUACCUUCGAGUAUAUUGCUGUAGUCAUUUCAUGUAUGAUUCAACUAAGUAGUGCUGUGAAGAUACUGAUGUUCUGUUUUGAAGACAAUGCAUAUACCAGGGUAUACACAAGUUCAUGUGUAUUUAUUUGUGCAAUUCAAUGACACUAUUGUAAAGUUCAAAUAGGAAGCAGAUAGUGUCUUUAUUCUUUUUGAAACAAUGGAAUGGAAUUAAAUAAAAUCAAUUGAUUACCAAAAUUACUGGUGACAGUCAUCCAGAUUAGAAUAUGGAUGAAUAAUGUGCUUAACAUGCCAUAAUUAUUAUUUCCUACAAGCCUGGUUAGACCACUGUGCCAUUAUUAAUGGCACAUAGUUCUUUAUUCAUGGUUAUAUUGCAUAUCUUUUUUUAAGAUUUCAUUGCAAUUGGCUUCAAUCAUAGCAUAUGAAUUCAUACAUAAAAAUAAACAUACUGGUAAACAGAACAACUUAUUUGCUAAAUUCUUUAUUUUUUUCUUCAUAAAGUAGAAAAGUGGAAAACCAAUACAUCAAUGUAUAAAUGGAAUGUUUUGUAUGUUAUAAAAGAACAAACAGAAGCAAGUCAAAAUAUUAGCACUAAUGAACAGCAACUCCACAAGAGAGAACAUACCAUAAAGCUUACAGUUUGCUUUGUAAUAAAAUGUUACAGUAUUAAUACAUAUAAAAGUGCAGUCCUAAAUUGUUUUGUUAAUUCAGGUAAAAUUGUUAUCAUUAAAAUAGACAUUAAGAUACUGAUUAUUAAUCAUUUUUUUUAUUUAUUAUCAAAUGUUUAUUGUUUGUAAGGAGACAUGGAAAUAUGGUUUUGGUUUCUAUAAAAUGACAUUCUUGCAUUAAAUGUAUGAUGUGAAAAUGAUUAUGCAUUUGGCGAUGGCUGAACACAUUUAGUAUUGAAAAUGCAUAGAAUGUAGGGUAUCGGUUUUUAAAAGCAAUAAAAAAUUGAGCAAAG